AGUCUUUCUUUUCAGUUAAGUGCACCGAUUCUGUUAAAAUCACAGCUGUGUUUUGCCAUGCACUAAGCAUAGCUUAUUAGCACCAAGUAAAAUGGCAAAGCUUCUACGUAGUGCAUCCAAGUGUUUCCCAGCAUAUGCUAACCAUGCUGCAGUAAAACAACCACAAAGAAUUGUCCCAUAUGCUAUAAGUGUCCGGACUGGACGAUGGGUACCUAAUGCAAAAUAUUGUGACCAGUUCUCACCAAUUGAAAUUGGAAACCCAAUCUGUGAAGAACACGGCACACCUAAUUUAAGGGAAGUUUAUGUAAAGGAUCCUAUCAUACACCGAGACAAGAUCAAUAAACUUGACACUCUGACUCUCAACUUUGGUCCGCAACAUCCGGCAGCUCACGGAGUCCUUCGGCUGAUCCUUGAACUCGCUGGAGAGGUUGUUAUUCGUGCUGACCCUCAUAUUGGUUUACUUCACCGAGCUACAGAGAAGCUGAUGGAAUACAAGACGUACAUACAGGGGUUGCCUUAUUUUGAUCGCUUGGAUUACGUAUCAAUGAUGGUGAAUGAGCAGUGUUACUCGCUAGCUAUCGAGAGGUUGAUGGGCAUCACUGCUCCUCCCCGUGCUCAGUGGAUCAGAGUCUUCUUCGCAGAACAAACCCGCAUCCUCAAUCACAUCAUGGGGAUCACAACCCAUGCUCUGGAUGUUGGAGCGAUGACUCCGUUCUUCUGGUUGAUGGAGGAAAGAGAAAAGAUGAUGGAGUUUUAUGAGAGGGUGUCGGGAGCAAGGAUGCACGCGGCGUAUGUUCGUCCUGGAGGAGUGAGCCAAGAUCUUCCUCUUGGACUAAUGGAUGAUGUUUAUGAUUGGGCAAUCAGGUUCUCGGCAAGGGUGGAUGAGCUGGAAGAGAUGCUGAGUGAGAAUCGAAUCUGGAGAACAAGAACUGUGGAUGUUGGUUUGAUAACUGCGGAGCAAGCUCUUAACUGGGGAUGCAGUGGUGUUGUUCUUCGAGGUUCUGGGAUAAAAUGGGAUCUUCGUAAAACCCAACCAUACGAUGCAUACGAUCAAGUUGAGUUUGAUGUUCCUAUUGGAACAAGAGGUGACACAUACGACAGAUAUUUAUGUCGCGUUGAAGAAAUGCGUCAAUCGCUUCGUAUCAUACAACAGUGUUUGAAUAAGAUGCCAGAGGGUGAGAUAAAAGUGGAUGACAACAAACUUAAUCCACCCACUAGGAGUCAAAUGAAGGAUUCAAUGGAGGCAGUAAUUCAUCAUUUCAAGCUUUUCACCGAAGGCUUUCAAGUUCCUGCUGGUUCAACAUACACUGCUGUUGAAGCUCCAAAGGGUGAAUUUGGCGUAUACUUGGUUUCUGAUGGGACAAGCAAGCCAUACAGAUGUAAAAUAAAGGCUCCCGGUUUCGCACAUUUGGCAACAAUUGAACAUGUAGCACCAGGACUCCAACUACCUGAUGUUGUAGCUCUUAUUGGAACUCUUGACAUCGUAUUUGGAGAAGUGGACAGAUGAAUUUAGUUUAAAAUUUGAUAUAUUUAUGUGUAUUGUGGAAAACAAUGAAAAAUAUAAAAAACUUUUCCCAACAGAA